UAUAGGCAUAUAUUUGCAGCCUUAUCUCAUAUAACAAAAAUUGCGAGAAAUAAACAUCCAGUCGCGUUAUUUACAGUAACAACAUACUGCAACAAGGAUAAGAAUGUUGAAUUACAAAGAACUCGUGCUUGCAAGUUUUUUCAUUCUGAAAACAUGUAUGUUAACAGAAUGUACCACAUUAACUGAAGAGGUUGUCACUGUAGACUUACUUGACACGAACUCCAACGUGAAUGUUUCACUUAACUGUACAGGAAGUUCUCCCGAUCUUGCUUACUAUAUUAUAAACAGAAUCAUCUGGGACUUUGUUGACAAAAACAACAAUAGUCAUAGACUAACAGAGGGGUUCUAUCCCGUUGAUUCUAAAUACACUGCAAUGAAUUUUGGCAGACAUUUGAGUUUGGUCUACUUUCAAUCGGAACAGGCGUAUAUCUUUCAGUUAAAACUGUAUGGAGUCACUGAAGAUGACGAAGGUUACUACCGUUGUUCGGAGAUUAACAGGGACGAUGACGUCAUUGCAGUAAAAGGAGUCCGUCUUAUUGUAAACAAAAUAUUGCCUACUACAACAACGACAACAAAAACAACAACGACUAACACAGAUGUUGACAAUUCAGGGGAAACGAAUGACAAAGUAGAUAUUCCACUUGACUGUCACGGCAGUUCACCAGAUUUUAACGACUACGCUCUCCUACGAAAUAUCAUCAAGUGGGACUAUAUAGACAAACACAACAAGGUUCACCAGAUAACUGAGGGCCUCCAUCCUGCGUCCGAAUCUGAGUACGCAACAAGGAAUCUUGACAGCGGACAUUUCAAGUUCUCCCACUUCCAACUAGACAAUGGCUUGUUUAACUUUCAGAUAACACUGCAUGGGGUGAAUGCAGCUGAUGAAGGUAUCUACCGUUGUACAGAAGUGGAUCACGAGGGGACAAUCAUUCAGGCAAAGAACCUCAGCCUUUCUGUACCGACAAUGUGUGUCGACGUGCGGGAGACCAGGUAUAAGAAUGAAGACAAUGUGACAGAGAAACCAAUGACAGAUAAAGAUUGCGUCAAAGGAACAAGCAAAACUAAGACUGGAGCAGACACUGAUGAAUUGUACCAACUCAAAGUUGAACGAGAGAAACUGGAAUUAGAAUUCUUACGACAGAGAAUACAACAAGAAAAAGAUCUGUUUGUACUGAAACGUAAAGUCCUGAAAGAUAGCAGAAAACAGGAGGAACCACUUUUCAGAUUUUAGAAAAUCUUUUGAGCAAUGACAUUACAAGCAUUCUUCAUGGAUUGAUACAUUAAAUUUUUAUAGAAAAUAAAAACAAUCGCAUGCCACUUUUUUGUAGCAAUUGAGAUCAAAGUUUUUAUUAUUGUUUUGGUAAAACCUACGACUGUCGUUUGCUAGGCCCAAAUGUAAGAUCGGGAAAGGUUACUUUAAUCUAAAUCGUAUUUGUCUUUGCGUGACGUAAUUUUGAAGACAAUGUUCAUUGGUUGUUUUAUACAGCACGUUUUUUUUCCCGAAAUUUGAUAUUGUACUGGCGUUUUAAAUACUAAGGUGUAUUGGUUACUCUACCCACGGAUUUAUAUUAUAUUUUUAUUGUUUUCUAGCGUUAUAUUAAAAAUAUCUGAAAUAUCUUUGUACAAGCAUUCAAAUAAAAAGAAAGAUUAAAAUAUACGAGGGACAUUAAAAAGGCCGUCUCGAGACAGCCACACAAGAGUACUUUACUGUUACGAUGAUUGUCUAGUUCACUGCACUGACAUUUGAAAACAGAUUUACAAAAAUAUAUAUAUAUACAUAUGUAUAUAAAUGAUGAAUGAAAUUUCAAUAUUAUAUAUAUAUUAAAUGUGUACUUUGUUCUAAAUAUAAUUUUACAGCAACUUUUUUUAAAUUAAUAUUUUUUAAAAAGUAUUUGGUCUAAGCGCAAAUAUGAACAAACUGAAAAAAAUAAGAACAAAAAAUGGAUUUUUUUCAGAAUUAAAUAGAAAUUAAAUACAGGACAGAAAGGGGGAAAAAUGGAAAUAAAAUAUCCGAAAUUAUACUGAAGAAGAAUUUACUUCGAAUAGCUGGGCGGUUUAAACAAAGAACAGUAUAAAUCUUAAAAUGCUCUAGAGAAUUGCCUGCUUUCUACAAACAGUCUUCCCUUUCUAAUUCCUCGUUAUUUAGUUUGGGUCAUGUUGAAUGUUCUGCUUGGCUCUGUUAUGUCUUAGUAGCAUAGUUUUUCCCUUUAAAUAAUAUUAUCAUUUGUUCUACAAGUGAAUAUAUAGAUUUUGAGCAUUAGUUUCGAAUUGGCCAUUUAUAAAUAAGAAAAAGUUCUGA